AAGCUAUUUUGUAUUUGUAAAUACAAAAUACAAACCCUCCUAUUAAUUUUGUAAACAUAAUAUGAGGCGAUUACUAUUGAAAAUAUAAAAAAUGGCUACUCAAGAGAAGCUUCGCAAAUCUCUGGAAGCGCUUAGGAAUCUAACAAAAUCUAAUCAGCAAUCAUCUGAUGUGGCAAAAAAGAAAGAAAAAAUACAACACUGUUACGUUAUAACAGAAGCUAUAUCUAAUCCCACUAUACGAAUUUCUACUGAUUUUCACAUUCUCUUAAGCAACAGCAUAGAAGCUUUUCUGAGGUUGUGUGAUGAUCAGGACUCUGAUGUUCGAAUGACAAGCGAGGAAUGCCUUAAUCGAAUAAUUCGAGCGGCAAAUGAUGGGUACAUAGGUAAAAUUCAGAUAGAAUUGCAUAAGGAAAUAAAGAAGAAUGGUGCUGCAAGGCCUUUAAGAACUGCUCUGUGGCUGUUUUCAAUAUUAGCUCAUCGUAUAAGGCCUCAUAAAGGAAAACCUUAUGUUGCUAAUUUAUUUCCUAGUCUUAUUAGAAUUGCAGAAAGAACUGAAGAAUCAGUGCAUGAAACAUUGGCCUUAAGUUUACCAAGGAUUAUGUAUGUACUUGGGAGUUUUUCGACGGAAAAUGAAAUAAAGAGUUUAUUAAAAGCAUUUUUGAGUAACUGCACCAACCAAUCAGCAGUUAUUCGGCGAACAACUUCCAGUUGCAUAUUAAGCAUUUGCAUGAACUGUCGAAAACCAUAUAAUUUUAUAAUAUACUGUUUAAAUUAUCUUUUAGACUCAUUAAUUCCUGUUGCCGAAUCUCAUAGCAACCAUUUAAUUUUGGGUGUAAUGUCUUGCACAAAAAUGCUGUUGCCGAAUUUGAAAAGUAGUUAUAUUAAUCAAGAAUGUGUCGAAAGUAACUGGACAAUUACUGAAAUCACCACUGAAAAAUUUCUGCAGAUCUAUGAACUGUGUCUGCAUUUCUUAACAAAUAAAGACCAUAAUAUUGUUAAUGUAUGCCUCGAAACAUUAAAUGUGUUACUGCAGAAUUGUACUGAUCACGUAAAAGAAAUACUUUUGAACAAUAAAGGUAUCGGCCAUUCGAGAAUUAAUUCUACACAAUCUUCAUCAAAAUCAAAUCCUCGGUCACCAAGUCAACUAAGUGUAGCGACAAAUGUAACAGCGGGCGAAGAGAACUUGUUCUCAGAAUCGGAACUGACAGAGACCAUCCGAUCUGACAUUGAAAAAUGGAUUGACACAUCUAAGCUGUCUGUGAUGAACAUUACUUUUGCAAAAACAAAAGAAAAGUCCUUGUCGCUGGAUAAGAUGAAUAUGUGCAUGACCACGGACGAUAUUCCCAACAUAUGUGACUAUGAAGUUAUAGACAUAGUUGAUGAUAAUUGUGAUAGUAAAUUAAAGGCUAGUAGCAUAGGUGACAACUUAGAUAAGCAGGAGGCGAGCGAGAAUUCCUCUGAAAAGAGCUUGUCCUGCAUAGAGGAUAAGAUUUUAAAUGUUGAAAUCGAUGCGCAAGAAAUUGAUAUUGGCGAAUAUUUGGAUAAUCACACUCCACUUUUGUACUGUACGAGACUCAUAACGAAAUUAUUUCUGCUAUCCGGAACGCCACAAACCUGCUUACCUGACAAACUGGUUAGAGUGUCUGUAAAAUCUCUUGCUCUCUCAUGUCUUUCCUCCAUAUUUCUAAUAUACCCUUCUGGGUUUUUAGCUAACUUAGAUAAGCAUUACUCGGACUGUUCCAAACUGACCAAUAAAAAAAUUUGCAGCCAGCAAAUAUCCGAUGUGCUUUUGUUUAAGUGUCACAACGACCCUCAGUUACGCGGUGCUGUUAGAAAUCUAACUGCCAAUUUUAUUAAAGCGGUUCUGAUUUCAAGCGAAGGGGAUUAUGAGAAGUGGAUCUUGGAUAAUGUUGGUGCAGGGCGUACUGUUAAUUUUUCCAUUGCAGAAUUAAUUAAGAUCUUCGUAGAAGGUCUCGAGGAUGAAUCCGCAAACUGUAUUCGUCAGACGUUACUGAGCCUCAGAUCUGUGUUGAAAAACUUGUCAGAAUCUCAAAAGAGUGCACUUAUUAUCCCAUUAUUAAAUACUCUACCGCUGCUCUCAAAAAAUCCAUAUUGGUUAGUAAAGGUAGCUUUAUGUGAAUUAGUUUCCAAAAUCGACUACAUUACUGUUAGGUAUAUAACAGAAAGUAGUGAGUUUCAGAAUAAAGUUAUUUACUGUAUACUACUUGAACUGUUGGGCGAUAAUGAUCAAAGGGUUAGAACCUCAGCAGCCAAUUCCAUCGUGCAGAUAAUUUCCGUGCUGUAUUUUGAGGAUUAUCAGAUAAGAGAAAGCGAGGCCACAUCGAAGGCAAUAUGUGAGAGAAAUGUGUUUGUGAAAAGUUUCUCCGAUACGAAAAAAGAUAUGACUGCAAACAAAAGACACUUUGUAGAUAACAUGCCUUUUCCAUUUAAUAAACUGGAUGCUGAAGGUUGUGAAAGAAUUGAUUUUGCGCUAUCGAAAAUAGUUGCAAAAUUAUAUAACAUUGUUUUAACAGCGACUUCAAAGCAUUUGAUUAGUGGCUGUAUCGAGACGUUAUCAUUACUUUCUAACUCUUAUCCUUGUACAGUAUAUAAAGAUACAUGGUGCACUAGUUCUCACUCAAGUGAAGCUCCAAAAUCCAUACCAGAUUUGUUAAGUCUAUGUAUCAGUUUAUUAACUACCUCAAUUCAUGUAUACGAUCUGCAAUCUCACAUCAACAUAUUAAAUCUAGCUACAAACCUCUAUGCUGGACAAUCCUUAUCUUUACUAAAGCCUGUGGUCGAAGCCGAGGGGAAAUUAUGGGAUAUGUUCACAAAUAACACGUACUGUGAAAUUUCCGAACAAUACUUAACGCACAUCAUAAAACUGUUAAACAUCUUUCACCACGUUUUGAGCGAAAUAACACCAGUAAAUCCUCAAAGCAAAGUUGUGCUUCCAAAUCUUCCAACAGCUACCAGUUUGUCUCCACUAAAAAGGCGAAAGAGCGAUUUAGACAAAAAAGUAUUAUCAGGGAAGUUUGAAAAGGAUGAGAAAACUGAGAAAAAGGAGACUUCGAAGUUGAAUUCACUCGGCAGCUUUGUUACCUUUCCCCAUUAUUUGAAAUUAUUCGAUAUGUUGAGGAGCUCGUUUAUGAAUUACAAAAUAUCCUUAGAUUCUGAAGCCUCGGAAAAGUUUUUAGAGUUGUUGAACAAAACGGUACAGUCUUUGUCUGUAGUAAUGGAGAUAGGAACGCUAAAUGAAUUCAGUAGAAUUGCAGAGGACGUUUUGGGUUAUCUCCGUUCUACCUUUGCCGUAGAUGCACCCGCUACUGUAGAAUGCGUGCAGCAGCUACUAAAGUGUCUUUUUAGUACAAAUUUAACAUCAAACAUAACAGAGUUUGUUAAAGAGAAUAAAUCUACAGGCGAGGAAGAGGAGGAAAAUUACGGUUUUUAUUUUAAUAUUUUUCAAAAACCCUAUAGUGACAUAUCAAACUUUAUCAAUUCCCUGAAUAACAUUAGCAGGUAUUACUGUGACGGUGAUAGUACAGUUAUGGGAUAUUUGCACAGGAAAGACGUGAAAAAGAGGCCUGUAGUAUUAUCUAGGAGUUCGGAUAAAAUACUUGCGAAUUAUAUUAGGAUUUUCGAGCCUAUGGUUAUUAAAUCUCUUAAGCAAUACACGAUAACUAGUAACGUCAAAUUGCAAUGCCGAAUACUUCAGUUGCUUAAUCAGUUGGUUCAGUUGAGAGUAAACUAUUGUUUACUGGAUUCUGAGCAAGUCUUCAUAGGCUUUGUCUUGAAACAGUUCGAGUACAUCGAAGAAGGACAGAUUCCUUUACCAGAAGAAUUGAUACCGAAAAUCUUCCAAUUUCUAGUUCAGUUAUCUUAUAGCAAGCAACAUUCCAAGUGUAUAAUAGGGGUUCCGAAGAUAAUCCAACUCUGCGACGGACUAAUGGCAAGUGGACAGCCCCCUUUAACACACUGUAUACCUGCCCUGGAGCCGAUAGUGGAAGAUAUCUUCCUAACGAGAAAUAAGUCCAAUACGUCCGAUAUAAAAGAACUGGAAACAACUCGAGAAGUGCUGCUACCGAUGUUACUACGUCUUUGCGAAUUUAAACAAGUGGUAAGUCUUCUGACGAUGGUUUUGGAAGAUAGCAAAUAUUGCGCUGAUAAUACUGAGAAGUGGCUGGGUUGGUCUAGGCAGGUACUACGUGUAGUUCUUCCCAUGUUGAAAGAGAAUAAGAUUAGACUGGAUACUUCUGAAGAUUUCGUAGCCAUGAGGAGGUUUGUUCUCUCAUUAGAACCGAACGUUUUUAAGCCGUUCGAUGAGAUUGUUGUCAUGUUCUUCCAAGAACCGCCAGUGUUGGAAAACUCGGGAACGUUUAAUCGGUGGCUUUCAAAAAUCCUUAUAAUACUUCUGAUCCUUACGCCGUUAAAAGAAGACACACUGCUGGCUAAAAUUAACAGGUUGAAAUCUGAGUUUUCUCCGAAUAGCAUUUUCGAGAAUGUGGUAACUAAAGCCGAUCCCUUGAAUGUGAAUAACAAUGCAGAUACAUUUGAGAAAAUUCCUGCAGAGUUGAUCUUCAUUCGGUUUAUAUUUAGAGUAAUUUCGCUAACUUCCAAGCAGUGUUUAGUUACAGUGAGAAGCAAAGAGAAUAACUUUUUAAUAGAGCAGUUUUCUUGUUUUUUGAUGCACUGUUUAUACAUAUUCCAGUCAGGAAGCCAUUGUAAAAUUACAAAUAAAUGCAUUACGAUUUUGAAUAAAAACAUUCCAUUUGAUGAAAACGAUGUUAUACAAUUAAAGGAGAUGAACAGAAAUUUCUUAAAUCUGGCAGUGUUUCAUCCCAUUCUCACAUUUCACUGGUGCUAUUUUUUAACGCUGAUGAAUUAUUCUGAUAGAUGGUUCUGGACAUGCAUUCUAAGGCUCGAAGAAACUGUAGGAAAUAGAUUAAAAAAUCCAUCUAUAAACCUGCAGAUUAUGAAAAUGGGAGGCGUGAUUUCAUUUUGUGAUUACUUGAGUGAAGAUUUAGGUGAAUCAGAAAACCUGACUUGGUUUCUAACUAAUAUUUCAGAAUUCCUAGUGACUCUGAGCAACGAGGCGCCAAUCUUCGAAUUCAUCUCUUCCAUCCAUCGAAAUUCAAAACUGAGCAAAAUUUUUAUAGAAAACAUAUCUAGAAAUUGUUCAAAUGUCGACAGUGCGGUUUUUAAGACAAAACUACUAAAGUGCAUUGAAAACUGUCACUCCUCACAAAUCGGACCUGUCUUGAACUUACUGGUACCAAAUAUGUUGAAUUAUCGGCAAGUCGCUUUGUCGCGAUUGGCUGCUAACUUAGCUAGUAGGAAAAUUGAGUUUCUGUUAACGCUUCCGAUGGAAGAAGUAAACAAUCAGCUAUCAAAAGACGAUAUAAUAAAAAUGCAGAAAACUUUAAUGUCACUACACCUAGUUAAAAAGCAUGAAACAUUGAUAAGUUUGUUGAAUAAGUUAUCGAUGCAGUACUACGAUCUUAGCCCACUAGAGUUUGCGCAGAGACGUGUUGUGAAUCCCGAAUAUAUAAAAAGACUGAAAAUCAACAAGAAAUGGUACCUAUCCCAGAUUCAGGGUAGGUAUAGCGAGGCAAACAUUGGUAGAGAAACGGCGAAGCUUCUAAGUCACUUGGAAUACAAUGAAAUAAUAAGUUUCAUGUCUAGUAGCGACUUUAACAAGGUGUGCCUGCAAGAUUGUAUAAAACUCGGUUUGAAAUAUUUUGAACAACACAACGCGAAAGAGGAACCUGCCAUCCUUAAAGCUUGUUCCGAUUGUUUAUUAAAGGAUAUAACAAGCAUCGUUACCAGGAUUCCAACUCCACAUCAGGUAUAUUCUCCAAUAGAAAGGGUACCGUCUUCAUUAGAAUUAAGAUAUUUCAACGAGUUGACUGAUAUAUUUAGAAAUGAUGAUUUUUCUAACCUCCUUGGUAGUAUUGCACCCUGUAUUCCACAUUAUAUGGAGUAUUUACUUCUUAGUCCUAAUUUGAAGAUUCCCGAAAAAAAUUACAAGGAAAUUAUGAAAUUUGGUGUUACUUGUUUAGAAUACGUUCAUUUUCUGAUUAAGACAGAUAAAAAGGACUUUAAUAUAAACUUAAUAGAUACUUUUGUGAAUGCAGCAGAGACAAUUUUUAAACAGAACAACAUAUGUACGUUAUUAGCAUGUGACGCCAACAUAUCAUGGUUCUGUUCUUCGGUAAAUAGUAUUUUUAGAUUUGUUAAACUCCUAGUAGAAAACGACAGGCCUCUUCCUUCCUUACCAAAACACGCCUUGAGGAACAGUCUGGGAAGCGACGACUUGUUGUGUGCUAGCGAGGCGACUUAUCACUUGUACAUUCUAGUUAGCUGGUUGUUCGAAACGAAAAGUACAAACGUAAACAUACCUAUAUUUUUUUUGAUGCCCAUUAAAAGUAUUAUUGUAAGUCUGUCCAGAUUUCCAGUAGUUAAUUCCAUUGUUCUGAUGCCAUCCAGGGUUUUAAUAACAGGUCGAAUGCCUGAGGCAUCAGGAACUUUUAACACUCAAGUCCCUCCUCUGCCUAUAGAAGUUCUCCAAGAAAUUGAUGUAUUAGAAGAAUACAUUUUUAGGAUAACCUUACUUGGUUGGACGUCUCGUCAACAAUUUGAAGAGACCUGGAUGUGUCUUUUAAGUGUGCUUUGUGCUCCAUUGGAUAAUUUGGAUGCCCUGGAAAUCAACGAUAUGUUACACUCGUCAAGCCUAGCGAUAAAAGGCAUAACAGCUUUAUUGUUAGAGACACUCAAAUAUCCCUCUGCUGGUCAUCCAAAUAUAUCUAAUUUAAUACACAUAUCAAGAAAUUUGCCCAUUAAUGAAGAAACUAUUGGUAUGAAGAAGCUUAGGAAAGUACAAGAAAGUAUCAAAUUUAAAUAUCAGGAGAGUGCUCAUGUAUGUAAAAAUUCAAAAGUUUCAAAUGUGUUUGAAUAUUGUAAUUUUGAAAAAUCGAGCUGCAAAUAUUCGUAUGGCCAAAUAUCGAUAAAAUAUUUUUUAUUAGCGACGGGGAUAAUUCAAGAAGAUGAAGACAAUUCUCCUACGACAAUUGUUUUAAAAAGAAGGAAUAAAAUGUUAGAGGAAGCGGGUUUAGAUAUCAAUUCCUGUUUACAGUUUUUGUUAGAUUACUACACUCAACUCAUGAAACCUCAGUCUUUAACGAACAUAAGAGUGUUGCAUGAAGCGAUAAGGUCGACAGUGAUAAUAUCCGAUUUGUUUACCGAUAAAUCUCAGUUCACUUGGAUGAUGGAUGUGUUUUUGGAGUUGUCGAAGCUACAUGCAGUAGAAGACGAAUUGUUGCAUCAGUAUUUAAUAGUAGGGAUAUGUAAAGCUGUAGGUGUCUUAACACCAGAUUUAGAGACUUACGAACAGGUGAAAAAAAUGUUGGUACAGUACCUGAAGAGCCCAUAUCUGUCAUCACGGAUUGCAAGCUUGUAUGGUCUUCUCUAUAUACUAGAAGGAUGUAAGUUAAGUAAUAUAACUAUUGGAGGAAUAUCAGAUGAAAUGCAGCUAAUGCUUCCCUGUGCUGUGGAGUAUGUACAAUUCAAUAUAAACACAAGCAACAGUGUUUUAAGAAAGUCCCAGGAACACUCUAUGUUGCUGUGGGCAUUGGCCUUCUAUUUAGUUGAAAACAUAGACGAAGUUCAUAUGGAACAAAAUUUUGUCAGCAACACCUUAGCCUCUGCCUUCAAUGUUCUAGGUUCAAAGAUAACAAACCAAUUGCAUUAUUCAAUUGUCAAGGGUAUAGAAAGGUUGGUAAUUGUAAAAAAGUCCCAGAUACUCGAAAAAUUUGGAAAACAGAUUUUAAAACUUGCUCUGGACAAAAUGAAAUGUGAUAAUCCUACGGUAGCUAUACUGGGCACUCAACUACUUUUAAGUUAUAUGUAUACCGAUUGUUCCCAUCACUUACAAAAUUCACAAACACCUAAUAUGCAAACUAGUCCGGAUCACUUGGUACAAACCAUUGAAAAAAUUUCUGCGAUCUUCGAGAGGAUAAAGAGGGGCUACAUUUUUGAAGUGGACAUUCUGUGUUCCAUUAUCCCCAACAUCCUCGACGACUUUUUCUCCCCGUCCGACAUUCUCACUAAAGUCAUUGGAGAAUUUUUGUCACCUCAACAGCCCCAUCCUCAACUAUUGAGCAAAGUUGUGUUCCGGGUGUUCGAAAGCGCGAUUCGCCAAGAGCAAUUACCCCUCCUUCAGGAUUGGGUGGUUUUCAGUUUGUCAAAUUUCACCCAGUCGUUUUCUAUAGGAAUGGCUACGUGGUGCCUGACGUGCUUCUUCAUCAGUGCCAGCUCUAACGACUGGCUCAGGUCUUACUUCCCAUAUAUACAAACUAGAGUCGGUCGUUACGAAUAUGAGGACAAAAAAUUAUUGUGUAUAACAGGAGCCGAUUUCUACAGCAAUCUGCCCAACGAGACGCAGAAGCAAAAGUUUGUUGAUAAUUUUAAGAAGGUUAAAGAUCAACCCGACACACCCUUUAAUGACCUAUUAUCGUCUUUGUAAAGUUUGUUACCCCUCAAUAUAUUUUUAUUAAUGUUAACCGUUUUCAUACUUUCAACUUUUGAAAUAAUAUA